CUUGAUGAUGACAGUAAACGGAAUACUUGACAUGCUCUUCUAUUGCAAGAAGUUAUUUGUCUCGGGACGUGGAGAUGGAAGGAAGAACAGGGUUGUUUUCGCCUUCCUUUGCUGGCUUUUUGGGAUGAUGAUAAGUGGUUGUUUGAUGGUUGUUUUUGCCUUGUCUAAGGUAGGUCUCGGGCAGGCCAACACGAUAAUUGCUCUUUUGCUUGGGAUGAUCAUAUCUGUCCUUGCCUUUAUUUUUAAGUCAGUGCGUUGUACUGGCCUUCUCUUCCUUUUGUGUUGCGGUAUGAGAGAAGGUCGGAAAGUGCUCAUCGCCAUCGGGACCAGUAUCGUUGUCUUUAAUAAUGUGAAAAACAUAUUAGGGAAUUUGCAAGUUCUGGCUGACAGUAUCGUCUGCAACCUAGAGGCCAAACGUGUUUUGUUAAAAGUAAUGCCUUUUCAUUACUACAUAAGGGCCCUGUACUCAAUAUAUCAACACGCAAAGAGACAGUUUUUUAACCCCUUAAAAGGCGUUGUGGAACUGAUGGACAAUUUCCAGUGCAAUGCGAAGAUCUCAGACGACGAACUAAAAACAGUUCUCAAUGAAACAAAGCAACGGAUCCAAGACCUAUCAUCCAACAUAUCCACCCAGCUGGAUGUUAUAACUUUUGUCGGACGUAUAGCUUUUCUCUUAAUUGGAAUUUCCAUUAUUUUAAUUGGCGCCGUGAUAUUUUUGAAAAAUUUCCUGGCCACAGACUAUGCAAAAUAUGAAAAUGUGUAUCUCACAAAAAGGUUUAUGGAGUACGAUGAGAGCAGGAGGCAGCGGAACAUGUUGUGCGUUCUCCCGCUCAACAAAACUGAACAAGACCUCUACAUCACAAUUCCGAGCCUGAAAACGUCACGAAAACAGAAGCAAAAAAUAGUGAGAUUUUUAAUCCCGAUGAUGACUCAUAUUUUCACCUGGACUUUAAUUUCAGUCCUGGAUUUUAUGCUUUACUGGCUGAUUCUUACGAUAAGCAAAAAUUUGCAAGGUCUGCACCCGGUUGAAGUUCCGAUAACAUUGACAUAUACACACAUACAGGUGGACUUCAUUCAUAUAAGAAGCACAGAGAAUAUUUACAGCAACCAGCUCAAUAUCAGUCUGUUUGAACCCCAGUGCACCCCGAAACCGGAGCUCUCUCUUUCCGCCACCUGGAUCCCUUUGUCCAUUAUAAUCAGCGUCUUAUUUUUCCUCGGUUUGAUCUCUGCUUUCCUCGUACAAAUCAAAUUGCUGGUGACGGCAGCGUUCUAUCCUGACAAAGACUUGGAGCGAGUCGCUUACCUCCACAACAAAAUACUGCAGGAAAGGACAUUACUGUCAUCACCCUCUGAAAGUGGAGAACUCAAGAAAAUGAUUUCCCAGGUGGAUUUCUGGUUUCCAAUAGUCACAAGAAAACAUUUUAUCAAGAAUUGGUGAAUCGUGUGUCGUACACGUAUCUAUUCUUCAGUCCCUGAAGGCCGUGUCCAUAUCUUGUUAGAUAUUGAUGAAAAUAAAACUUUGAUGAUUCUUCAUGAUUAACCCAUUCAUCGCUGGAAACUGUGAAAAGUCAAUUAUUCAAGAGUUGGACGAAAAGUUUUUAAAUAGAGAAAUCUGGAAACGGGUGAUUUUUUUUGUCUAAU